CUUUGAGAAUAGCACAUUCACAGAGAGAAGUACUCUAACCGGCCCAGAUGGGAACUCACCAUUGUUCAUUCCCAAGGUUGCUUCUUGCAUGUCUCAUCUUCACUUUCACUGCAUUUUUCUUGCCUGCAAGUUUUGGACAACCAGCCAUAGCAAAGCUUCAUAGCCAGGAAGUGAAUGCAUUGAAAGAGAUAGCAAAGAAGUUGGGGAAGAAAGACUGGGAUUUUGGGAUAGAUCCUUGCACAGGAGAAGGGAACUGGAGAGUUUUUGUAAAUGGGAUGAAAAGCUUUGAGAGCAAUGUAACUUGUGAUUGCAGCUUUAACAACCAUUCCUCUUGCCACAUAGUCAGCUUAGUUUUGAAGUCACAGAACUUAACUGGUACACUGCCACCAGAGUUCGCAAAGCUUCAUUACCUCAAAGAAUUAGAUUUGAGUAGAAACCUUCUUACUGGUUCCAUACCUUCUGAAUGGGCAAUCAUGCAGUUGGAGGACCUAGGUCUUAUGGGGAACAGAUUGUCAGGUCCAUUUCCAAAAGUCCUCACCAGUAUCACCACCCUCAGAAACUUGAGCAUUGAAGGGAACCUUUUUUCAGGGCCCAUUCCAUCGGAAAUUGGAAAGUUGGUCAAAUUGGAAAAGCUCAUUUUAUCAUCAAAUCUAUUCACAGGAGAACUGCCACAAGCACUAGCAAAGUUGAUUAAUUUGCUUGACAUGAGGAUAACUGACAACAACUUCUCUGGAAAGAUACCUGAAUUCAUUGGAAACUGGACAAAAAUUUCAAAAUUGCUAAUUCAAGGUUGCCUUCUUGAGGGUCCUAUACCGUCUAGUAUAUCAGCCCUGACAAACCUGACUGAUCUGAGGAUAACUGACUUAAAAGGUCGAGGGUCAGCGUUCCCGCCUUUGAGUGAUAUGACUUCCUUGAAAACACUGAUACUGAGGAACUGCUUAUUAUAUGGAGAAAUCCCGCAUUACAUUGGUACUAUGACAAAAUUGAAAAACCUUGACCUCAGCUAUAAUGGGCUGACCGGUGAAGUACCAGGAUCGUUUAACCAACUGGAAAAAGCUGAUUUCAUAUAUUUAACAGCCAACAAGCUUACUGGAACUAUACCUGGAUGGGUCUUGAAACGAAUCAAAACAGUGGAUCUCUCUUACAACAACUUCACUGAGGAAGGCUCAAGCUCACCUCCUACUGGAUGUGAUAAAGGGAGUGUAAAUUUAGUAGAGAGCUAUUCCUCGUCAGCUGAUAAUAGAGGUGGAAUUGCAAGAUGCUUGAUAAAAAAUUAUCCAUGUCCUCCUUCAGGAGCAAAACAUCACUCCUUACAUAUUAACUGUGGUGGAAGGGAGAUAAAUAUUGGUGAGGUUAAGUAUGAAGCUGAUACAGAACAAAAAGGUGCUUCAUACUAUUACUCGUCUCCGAGUGAGAAAUGGGCCUUCAGCAGCACAGGAAACUUCAUGGAUAAUGAUGUUGAUGCAGAUAUCUAUAUAAAAUCCAAUACAUCUGCACUCUCCAAUGUGUCUGUUAUCGAUUCAGAACUGUACACAACAGCACGCGCAUCUGCCAUUUCUCUUACAUAUUAUGGACUCUGUCUCAUGAAUGGAAAUUAUACUGUCAAACUCCACUUUGCCGAGAUUGUAUUCACUAAUGAUAAAACAUUUAACAGCCUCGGGAAGCGUAUCUUUGAUGUGUACAUCCAGGAUAAACGGGUUCUAAAAGACUUCAAUAUAGAAAAGGAAGCUGGUGGUACUGGUAAAAGCACUAUAAAGACGUUCACUUCGAUGGUUUCAAGUAAUACACUCAAGAUACAUUUUUAUUGGGCUGGAAAAGGAACUACUGGCAUCCCAGAUAGAGGAUUUUAUGGUCCUCUCAUAUCAGCUAUAUCAGUAGAUCCUAACUUUGAAGUUCCUUCAGAUGAUGGGAAAAAGAAGAAAGCCAUAAUAUCAAUUGGAACAUCAACUGCAGCACUUCUGCUUCUGCUUCUGGUCUUAGGUAUCAUGUGGAGAAAGGGCUACAUAGGAGGAAAGAUCGCUGCAGAUAAAGAGCUCAGAGAUUUGGAUUUGCAAACAGGAUUAUUUACUUUAAAACAGAUAAAAGCUGCGACAAAAAACUUUGAUGCAGAAAACAAACUUGGGGAGGGUGGCUUUGGUUCAGUCUACAAGGGUCUUUUAGCAGAUGGCACAGUAAUUGCAGUGAAGCAGCUCUCCUCAAAAUCAAAGCAAGGAAAUCGUGAAUUUAUAAAUGAGAUAGGCAUGAUUUCUGCCUUGCAACAUCCAAACCUUGUGAGGCUGUAUGGAUGUUGUGUUGAAGGAAACCAGAUGUUGUUAAUUUAUGAGUACAUGGAGAAUAACUGUGUAUCGCGUGCUCUUUUCGCAAGAGACCCUACUUGCAGAUUGAAAUUGGACUGGCCUACUCGGAAGAACAUUUGCCUAGGUAUUGCUAGAGGUUUGGCCUAUCUACAUGAAGAAUCCAGAAUAAGAAUAGUGCAUCGGGAUAUCAAGACAAGCAAUGUGUUGCUGGAUAAGAAUUUCAAUGCUAAAAUCUCUGAUUUUGGCUUGGCAAAACUUAAUGAGGAUGGUAACACGCACAUUAGCACUCGGAUUGCUGGAACCAUUGGUUAUAUGGCUCCUGAGUAUGCCAUGCGUGGCUACUUAACCUCAAAAGCAGAUGUCUAUAGCUUUGGAGUUGUUGCACUAGAAAUUGUUAGUGGAAAGAGCAAUACAAACUAUAGGCCAAAGGAGGAAUUUGUCUACCUUCUUGACUGGGCUUAUGUCCUGCAAGAGAGGGGCAGUCUAUUGGAGUUAGUUGAUCCAGCCUUGGGUUCAGAAUAUUCAUCAGAGGAGACAAUGGUGAUGCUAAAUGUUGCUCUCAUGUGCACCAAUGCCUCUCCUACUCUAAGGCCUAAAAUGUCCCAAGUUGUGAGCAUGCUUGAAGGAAGAACAGAAGUCCAAGACCUUCUUUCUGAUCCUGGCUUUUCAGCCGUGAAUUCCAAGUACAAGGCCAUCAGAAACCACUUCUGGCAACAUCCAAGCCGCACUCAAAGCAUGUCAAUCAACUGUCCAUGUACCGAUACCUCUAGUCCAUACAACGAAUCAGAAGAGAGUGGCCAUCUUUUGAGCCUCAGUUCAGUUAAAGCUGAUGAACACAUUAUUUAG